AUGCAACCUUUUAACAAGUACUAUCCACCAGAUUGGACCCCUGACAAGGGAUCCGUUAAUACAUUUGUGGGAAAGCACCCACUUGGUGAUCGUGCCCGUAAGAUUGAUCAAGGCAUUCUUGUAGUUCGAUUUGAAUUACCUUAUAAUAUAUGGUGUACUGGCUGCGAUCAGCAUAUUGGCAAAGGUGUUCGAUACAAUGCCGAAAAGAAAAAGAUUGGAAAUUACUAUAGCACUCCAAUAUUACAAUUUCGAAUGAAAUGUCAUUUGUGUAGUGGAUGGAUAGAGAUUCAUACAGACCCCAAAAAUGCAAAAUAUUUGGUUAUUAGUGGUGCCAAACAAAAGAUGGAGGAAUGGGAGCCCGAAGAUUCAGAGGCAAUCAAGCUCCAAGACGACCCCGAGAUCAAAGAAAAGCUCGAGUCUGAUCCGAUGUACAAACUGGAGCAUGGCAUCAAGGACAAGAAGGUCUGGGACGACGCGGUUCCGGUCUUGACCCAGCUACAGCGACUCAAUGACAGCCAAUGGGAAGAUCCGUACAGCCAGUCGCAGCAGCUCAGGCGGCGUUUCAGGCAGGAAAAGAAGCUCGAAAAAGCAGUAGAAGACGAAACGAACCGGCUCAGAGACAAGCACUCGCUCCAUAUUCCAUUGGUUCCGAUUGAUCCUCAGGAUGACAUCAAAGCCAAGUUGAUCGAUUACUCUGGUAAAUAA